AUGUCGUUUAGGUUUAACGAAGCUGUGUUUGGUGAUAACUCCUUCAACGAACGAAUACGGGAAAAGUUAUCUACGGCGUUGAACUCACCAUCUAAGAAGAAAUUGGAUAUCUUGAAAAGCGGAAUAACGGUACAGAAGGUGGAUUUCCCUACAAUACCGCAGCUAGAAAUUUUAGACCUAGACAUCAUCACCCAGCCCAAGUCACUGGCCAAGGGGAUUUGCAAGAUUUCAUGUAAGGAUGCUAUGUUGCGGAUACAGACAGUCAUAGAGUCGAAUCUUUUAUUGAUCAAUGAACAGGACACGCCCAGCUUUACAAUGCCGCGGCUGAUUAAUAACGGGUCAUUCACGAUCCCUAUAACAAUGACGUUCAGCUCCAUCGAGCUAGAAGCCAUCACGAAUAUUUUUGUCAAGAAUCCUGGGAUUGGGAUAUCCUUUAAUGACGUGGACUUGGAUUUUAAGUUUGAUUGUUCCGUAAAAAUUCUACAAAGCACCAUCGAGAGAAGGUUAAAGGAGUCCAUGCAUGUAGUGUUCAAGGAUGUUCUUCCCUCUUUGAUCUUCAACACAUCACAGAAUUGGUUCACUAAUCGCGGCGAGACUACUAGUACUAUCCCUGGUAAAAGGGACCAUCAUCAUCAACAAACCACGUUGUCUAGAAAUAUGAUCUUGGACGGAUCAGAUUUUCAAGAGCUGUCUCCAAUAAACAUGCUACGUCUUUCGAGUAUUGUUUCGUCGAGGUCGACGCUGUCACUACAUUCCACUGUGAUGAACUCUCUCUCCGCUAUACCUGGUUGUUUGGAAAGGCAAAAUUUGUACCGUUUCAUAUCAAGGAUGCCCUCACUAAACAAUUACUACUCUUCGCAAUCGUUUCCACAACCAAAGUCGUCGACUAUAUCACCAAAGCAGUUGGUAAAGCCAUUUUACUGUUCCCACAAUCUAUUACCUAAAGCUGUGUUGGAUUCCAGCCAGUAUGAAUUGGCUACAAUAACCAAGAUUCAGUCUCGACUUUUUGAUAGGAGUAAUAGCAACGACGACAAUGCCAAACCAAGGAGAAGAAAGAUUAAGUGCAAGAAAAGCCGCACGCCAUCAAUCCCACAGCCACUAGCAGAGCAGGUUGUUGAUGAUAGUACCGCCAUCGAAACAGUAACGUCCACACCGGUGCAAACGCCAAUACCUGAGCUUGAAGAACAAUCUCCUCCAUAUCUGAAAACAACAGUAUCGAUAAGGGAUAAAUAUGUUAUCCCAGAAAAAAUUUCGUUAAAUUUUGACUCCAACAAAGAUAAAUCUAAAAAGAAACCUCUUUACUUUAUAGGUUUGAACUCGCAAGAUCCUUCAAAUAACUGGAAAUGGGGCAUGGAGGAUAGCCCCCCACCAUAUCAUUAA